AUGGGAACAAAUAAUACAUCUAAUAAUAAUGGUACUACGAAGAAAAUGUCCCUAGAAGAGUUUCUAGGGAAUGACACUUUAGGCGAGUCUGUGUGGGAUGAGGAAGACAUUAACCUAGAUGCAAUAAGCAACACUACGAAUAUCGACAUCUUGAAACAGACGAAAGGAGGUAGCGAACAUCAGCGUGAUGGUCAGCAGCAAGCCCCACACGGCGGCCAUGGGCCUAUGAAUAGGUCGCGUUUCUCCAAUUCCGGACCCUUUGGCAGCGGUGGCAUGGGGGACUUUGCAAACCAUCACUAUCCGCAGCAGCAUCAGCAGGGCCCUCCUUAUAUUGUUAAGUUUUCCGAUUUGCCACCAAAGUUUUCUAAUUUUGAUAUUGAGGAUCUUUUUCAGGCAAAGUUCACCAAAUUCAUUAAGUUUAAACUAUUCUGGGAGGUUAAUAAAAACCCUAGUAUUUCUACUUUAAAGUCGGGCUCUGUGUUUGACCAAAAUUUCAAACGUGACUCAAAAGUAGCAUUCGUCGAACUAUACUCAUCUCGUGAUAUGGACAAGAUUUUGAACUACUGGACCACUCCUUUGAAAGAAGUUUACCACAUCACUACAGCACCCGCCGAGUUCGAUGAUUUCAAAGAUUAUAGCACGAAGGUCAAACUGUUAACGGACCCGAAAGACGAUGCCGGCAAACCAUACAUCGCCAAGGCCUCCAAAUCGAAAUCAAACCCCUUUGGAAGUGCCAGGCCCGUUGAUACGCAAUCGAAGAUCCUGGAUAUCGAAGAAAAAAUGGAAAAUCUACACGUAGAAGAUACGACGACUUUGAGAGCAUCAUUGGUCCCUAAUAGUGAUUUCACAACAGCAACGGUAGCGGGUAGCAAGAUCACAAUCUUGAAAAAGCAACCAUCUACAGACGAAGAAUCAACUUCUGCGACCUCAACUCCAAAACCUUUAAGUUACUCCGAAGUGGUGGAGAGAUCCGUGGUUAAUGAAACUUCCAAGAAAACCACACCUUUGAGCAAUAUCAGUUCGUCAGCUUUGGAACUACAAUCGACCGAUAAAUCAGACGAAUUCAAUGGACAAUACGAACAACAAGGCUGUGAUAAAUACAACAAUGAUAAAACUAAAUCGGAUUCCUCAAGUGAAAAAGAUAAAGGCCCAGAAACAGAUUCCGACGCACAAUUUACUUUCAAGAAUGUUGAAAGAGAACACAAUAUCGGUAGAAACAGAUACAAUGGUAAUCAGAACAACAGUAAUGGCAAUUUCAGAGGGACCAGCAGAUAUCGUGGAGGUGCCAACAGCAGCAAUUAUAAGAGCGGGAAUAAUAAUCGUGGUAACCGUGGUGGAAAUCGCGGCGGCAACUCUUUCAAUAACGGUGGUAAUGCUUACGACAAUACUAAUACUAAUAAUAAUAAUAAUGGUUCAAGAUACCAUGAUCGACAGAACAACGACGACGGAGCUGUUAGCUCAGGGUCGUCUUCAGAUGCCUCAGGACACAACAACAACGAAUUCGCAAACCCAACAUCCAACACCCAACAAUACUCCAUCUUUAAACCAGCAAGCGGGUUCCUUGGUCAAAGCAGUAAUGAUUCCAUGAGGAAUAAUGGGCGUGGUAACUAUAACAGCAGUAGUGUAGGUGGAGGUUCAAGAGGAAGGGGAUUUGGUAGAGGAAGAGGAUAUGGCAGAGGUACAUAUAGCAAUCGUGGCAGCCGUGGUGGACGUGGAAACAGUGGCGGCUACUCUAAUUACAACGCUAAAACAGCAGAUAUGCCUCUAUGA